GAGGUCAAUGAAAUGUGUGAGAGAGGCAUAAGAAGGGGAGAUGUGGACAUGUCCAAGUUUUCACUCCAACCAGGUCAAACAGACAACAAGUUCACUCCAAAGAAAAACAUUGGGCCUGUGUCACUAGGUGAGAAGGAAGAUAUAAAUAAAAGUAAAUACACCCCCCAAAAAGUGGACCACAGACUGGCCCAACUGGCUGUUAAUGCCUAUGUGUCCCCUUCCUGUAGAGGGAAUGACUUGAAGAAGGAGAAUGCUAAAGACCUCACAGUUCCUAGUGCCAAAAUAAAAAGUGAUGACAAUUCUCCACAGAAACAUGUAGACUUUCCUGUUAAAGGCACUGCAUUUUCCAAAGAAAACUCUAAAACUCUUCAACCAAGUUCCAUCUACAAUGUGGACUCAACUUUGCUGAAAACUACUGAGGAAAAAGUCCCAUCUUUGUCAGAAAACAGAUGUGUACAGGACAAAGAUGCUCAGAGUUCACAGAAUCCUUUCUUGAAGGUUGAGGAACAGUCAUUUAAAGUAGCUGACCAUGGACAGAUGAAGCACAUGCCUGCAGACAGUUAUUCACAAGCAAUGUCCAGACUGAAUUGUAACAUGCAGCAAAGAGACAACACUCCCCAAGUUGAAUGGAACGUUUGCCCUGAAGGUGAUGAUGAAGAAAAUGAGGACAUGAAUGAGACAUGUGACCAAAGUGACCUCAGCAAAAUGGAGGAUGAGAUGGAUACCAGUCAAGUUCAGGAAGGAGAACCAGUUAAACUUCCGAUGACAACAGAUGUUCAUUGUGCUAUGUGUAACAACUGGUUUAUGAACAUGAACUCUUAUACAAUGCACAUGGCAAAACAUGCUCAAAUGACUUCACCACUGCUGGGACUUAAAUGUAAAAUCUGUGAGAAAAUGUACUUAUAUGAGAUGGAAUUCAAGGCCCACAUUCAAGCACAUUUAGAAAUGCCCAAGGUUUACAAAUGUCGAGUUUGCUUCAAAUCUUUUGAGGAGAAAUCUGAGCUUCAGCGUCAUGCAAAAAUUCACCAAGACAAGAAAGAAUUUUCCUGCCAGUUCUGUGGUAAGGAGUUCCACUACUCAUUUAACCUGAAGAAACACCUGAGAACUCACACAGGUGAGAAGCCUUACACCUGUGUUUUGUGUGAACUAAAAUUCACUCAUAAGAACAGCCUGAAUCGUCACAUGAGCCUGCACACUAACGAUGCAGAGUUGGAGUGCGCUGUCUGUAACAAGGUGUGUUCUGAUAGAUGGACCCUCCAGAAGCACCUGGCAUCUCACCAGCUCCUCAGCUGCAACCAAUGUGACCAGUCCUUCACCAACAGCAAACAGCUCCAAAAACAUCAGAAAACUCACAUAGAAGAACCGAAAGAGAACUCAGCUCCAGAUGUUCCUAACAGUCAAUCUAAUGAACAGCUUACCCAUACAGACUCUGCUCAAACAGGAAAUGUAGAGGUGGACAUGGCUAUCAAACCAAAUCCUGAUCAGAAAUCCCGAGCUAAACGGACUAGGAGAUCCAUGGAGACUCAGUGUGAAGUCUGUCGUAAAUGUUUUAAGAAUCCAGGAAACUACUACCGCCACUUACAGUCAAAAGAGGGAAUGCCAAUCCAGACCUGUGAUUUGUGUGGUCAUCAGUUCCAUGAUGUUUAUGAUCUUCUAAAGCACACUCGACAGGUCCACUCCCAGACUUCAGACACCAAAGGAUACAUUUGUAGAGUCUGCGGACAAAGUUUCCCUGAUCUCACAUUACUCACAGAGCACAUGUCAGGGCAUUUGCAAAACAUGAAGAAAUCAGGGACCACCAUGUCUGAGACCAAGAUUCCAAAACCAGAGGGAGCUGGAUCACUUUUUUGUUCAAUUUGUGGUGAAAAAUUCUACAACCCAAUGAUGCUGGACUUACACAUGAUGGAGCAUUCCUCUUCUCAGAGCAGUUCAGAAAAUGUCUUAGAUCUAUCCAAAUCGAGGAAAGAUGCCACACAGCCACCUCCAAGGAAACGACUGAAGCUGGAAGCCAUUCAGACUGCAGAGCCACAGGAGUACUAUGACAGUGACAAGGAAAAUGAGCCCCUCAAUCUUUCCAAGAAGAAGUGCACCCCCAGGGUCAAGACCAAGGUUCUAGGAGUCCACCAAGAGAAGGUUCUAUCUGCAGUACCUUUUGUCAACACCAUGUCAGUUGUUUUCAGUGCUCUGCCAAUCCAUCAAAAUCUGCGACCUCAAACAAAUCCAGAGAGCAUGGGACUGGAUUUAUCCUGUAGAUCAAAACCAUCAGAGAAACCACAGGGAACUGUUGCUACAGACCAAGCCCUAUCAAAAAAUCAAGAGAUGUUAGAACUGAACAAAUCAACAAAAGAAGACUUUACAAAGAAAGAAAAGAAAGAGGAACUAGGAUGUGAAGAAGGGGUUACACCUCUAAAGUCACCAAACCUGGAUUCAAAUGUUGCCAUGGAAACAAGCCAAGAGGACUUUCCCGAUGAGAACUCGAGCUUGACUGACAAAAGUGACUUCCCUGACCAUGCCUCUGACCUCAGCAGUAGAGCUGGUUCUCCAUCAAUGACCUUGACCUGUGAGUAUUGCUCCAAAGUCUUCACUGACCCAGUGGCCAUGAACAGGCACCUGUCCUCUCACUACAAGGAGUGGGCGUUCUACUGUAACUACUGUAAUACCAUGUUUACAGAGGAGGACAGUUAUAGAGCUCACACCCCCGUCCACCCUCCCCAUAAUCCAUACAUGUGUAACGUCUGUCACACCCACUACCCGGACAGAAUCAGUCUCGGGGCUCAUCAGUCUCAGGCUCACCCCCAGGAGAAACCUUUCCAGUGUGGAGUGUGUCAAAGAAGGUUUCCUGUCAAGUCCUACCUAGGGUCCCACUGCAGAACGCACCUCACCGAGAGACCAUUCAAGUGUAAUGUUUGCGACCGCACGUUUGUUCACAAUUUCAAUCUGACAAAGCAUAUGAGGACACAUACAGGUGAAAAGCCAUACACCUGUGCAUGGUGUGAUAGGAAAUUCAGUCAGAAGAAUAGUCUUAAUAGGCAUGAGAAAAUUCAUAUGAGAGAAACCCCAUCAAAAGGAGCCCUUCCAACUACUUCUAGUGGUGGUCAGCUCUUUAGUCCAGGCCCGAAUCAAGAGGAAGCCUCACUUGAUGGAGCCACACCCCAUAAAUCUGAUAGAUCCACCCCACCUAGUGUAAUCAGUUCAAAUACAGCCACACCACAGAGUCAGCAGAAGACUAGUUCAGGACAGAACCGGUCCAGGAACAGUUCAGCCAGCUCAACCAGUAUGCACCGGACAACACUGGAACCACCUCCUGAGGACAGGUACCCCAAUCUUCCUCCAGAUGUUCUACAACACAUGUACAUGCAGCAAAUGGCCAUGAUGCAGCAUAUGGUGCAGCAGGGAGGUCACAGCAUGAACCUGAUGCAGAAUCCGUACAUGAUGGCAGCAUACAUGCAGCAAAUGCACAUGAUGCAGCAGAUGGCUAGCAGGGAUCCAAACCUGUCACCAUACCCACCAGGCAGGGAUCCAAAAAUUUCACCAUUCCCACCCGGUAUGGAUCCAAACAUGUUGCCAUAUACACCCCCCUCUCUGGAAUCUAUGUCCUCCUACUCCAAAUCCAUGGAAAACUACAACACUGGUAACAUUCACCAGCAACGGAGGGGCACAGAUCAUACAGCACAGGCUAAUAAUAAAGGGACAUAGAUCAUACAGCACAGGCUGACAGUAAAGGGACAAAACUGUGAAAUAAGACUGACUGGUCACCACUAAGUAUAGGAGGGACAGAGUAAAGGGAGAUAACUGUGAAAUAAGACUGACUGGUCACCACUAAGUAUAGGAGGGACAGGGUAAAGGGACAUAACUGUGAAAUAAGACUGACUGGUCUCCAAGUAGCACAAGGUGGUCAUAGUACCGGUAGAUACAUAUAAGAUGGACAGAGUAAGUGGGCAUAACUGUGAAAUCUGUGUAUAUGUAACUGAUCGGUCACAUUCUACAUUUUAGAUCUUUAAUAAGCUACUAGAGCUUGUAAGUGUCUGUACCGAGUAAUAAUAAUAAAUGUCAUACACAGGUGUGUUAGAGAAAAUUAAGAUGAAAAGGAAAACUGCUUAAAGGUUUCUUUUUGACACUGAAAUCCAAAAUGCAAUAAAGUGAACAACUAAAACACUAUUAUUUCAAAAAGCUCUCCAUGAACAAGUAUUAUCUUUCCUGUAAUAAGAUAUUUUCAAAUACAUGUAUAUAAUUGGUUAUAAGACUUGUAAAAUAUUCUGAAUCAGUAUUUUUUUUUUUGUUCCUCUUUUUAUAUUUUUCAAGUCCAGAUUAAGGAUAUUACAUGUACAUUAUUUAUCACUGUAACAGUUGUAAAUAUUCUUUGCUUACAUUUGAACUGUUUUGUUAGCAAUUCAGAUACAUAUUGCAUUAAUGAUGCUAAAAAGUAUUUUUACAUGUUAUGAGUUUUACCACAGAGAACAAUUUCUAAAUAAAUACU